CUUCAAUUUAAACCCAAAGGGGAAAUAAACCAUGAGAUUAAAGACCAGUAGUAUACUUUUAUUACUAGUUCCUUUAUUUAGCCUUGUUUCCAGUGCCAUUUUAGGGCUUGAUUUUGGUGAAAAAUUCACUAAAGCCGUAUUAUUAGCACCUGGAGUACCAUUUGAAUUAGUAUUAACUGAUGAAGGGAAGAGGAAAGAUCUUUCAGGAAUUUCUAUAAAAUCCAAUGGUAAUAAUAAUAAAAUAGAAAGAGUAUAUGGUUCUCAAACCGGUUCUUUAUGUACUAGAUUUCCUCAAACAUGUUUAUUAGAUAUUAAAUCAUUAUUGGGGAAAUCUAUUGAAGAUCCUCAAGUACAAGAAUAUGCUCAUCAACAUCCUGGUUUAAAAUUAGUAUCUGAUAAUACUAGAUCAAAUUCAAUUAAAUUUGAUUUGGGUUAUGAUAAUGAUUCUUAUAUUUUUACAGUUGAAGAAAUUGUAGCUAUGGGUUUAGCUGAAAUUAAAGCAAGAGCCAUUAGUGAUUUAGAAAGUAAUCCAACAGCUUUACCAAUUGCUGAAGAUGUAGUAGUAUCAAUUCCUGCUUUUGCUUCACCUGCCACCAGACAAGCUUAUUUAGAUUCCUUACAAUUAGCAGGAUUUUCUAAUAUUUUAGGACUUGUUGAUGAUGGAUCAGCUAUUGCUUUAAAUUAUGUAUCUAAUAAAAAAUUACAAAAAUCAGAUUAUACUGGUAUUAAAGAAUAUCAUAUAGUUUAUGAUAUGGGUGCAGGAUCUACUAGAGCAACCUUAUUUUCUUUUACUCCUUUAAAAAAUGGUACUAUUAUUGUUGAACUUGAAAGUAUUGGAUAUGAUGAAUCAUUUGGAGGAAGAAAAUUAACUUCAUCAAUUCAUGAUGUUUUAACUGAAAAAUUCUUAGAAUUAUUUAAAUUACAACAUACUGAUAUAACUCCUAAAAUAUCGGCUAGAUUAUUUGAAGCAGCAGAAAAGGCUAAAAUUAUCUUAUCAGCCAAUAAUGAUUAUCGUAUAUCACUUGAAUCAAUUUAUGAUGAUCGUGAUUUUAAGACAAGUAUUUCUAGAGAAGAAUUUGAAGAAAUUAAUUCUGAUUUGGUUCUGAAAAUUACAGAUCCAAUUAUAACUGCUAUUGAAGAUGCUUCUAUCCCACUUAAAGAUAUUAAAUCAAUUAUUUUACAUGGAGGAUCUACCAGAAUUCCAUUUGUUCAAAAACAUUUAACUACUCUUGUUGGAGAAGAUAGAAUUUCAAAAUCUGUAAAUGCGGAUGAAAGUUGUGCCUUAGGAACUACUUUAAAGGGAUUAAGAUUAAAAACUAAAUUUACUAAAUCAACUGAAAUUGAAUUAAUUGAAAAAUCUUAUCAUAAUUAUGAAAUUAAUGUCAAUGAUUCUCGUAAAGAAGGUGUAGUUUAUGCUAAAGGAGCAAGAAUUAGUGAACCAACUAAGAUAGAAUUAGGAAAGAUUUCCAAUUCCAAUUCUAUUGAUAUUGGAUUAUAUGAAGAUGAUAAGUUAAUUAAAUCUUAUCAGUUUGAAGAUUUAUCUUUAAAAGCUAAGAAAUUGAAUUGUAAAUCAAAGGAAGAAAUCGUUAUAUUUGGAACAUUUGCCAUUGAUAAUAAUAAACUCUUUGAUUUAACUAAAGUAGAAUUAGAAUGUGUUAGUAAAAAACAAAAGAGUUCUGGAGGUUUCUUUGAUAAAUUCUUAAAGAAGGAUUCAGAAGAAAAAGUUGAGGAAGAAGAAGAAGAAGAAGUUGAAGAAUUAGUUGAGCCUCAAAUUGAUGUUAAUGAUACUUCUAAUGCCACCAAUAAGACUUCAUCUUCUAAAACUAAGAAAUCAUCAAUUAGACUUUCUAUUCCAGUAACUGUUACUAUUCCUAAACCAACAUAUACUGGUAUUAAACCAAUUUCCAAAACAACUAAGGAAAGACUUUUAAGUAAAUUAAAAUUCCUUGAUGAACAAGAUGAAAUUGCCAUUAAAUUAGAACAUGUAAAGAAUUUACUUGAAGGUCAAUGUUAUGAAUUAAGAAAUCAUAUUGAAUCUAAUGAAGAUAUUUUACUUGAAGAACUUUCUAGUGUAGAUUUAAUUGAUUUCAGAUCAACUAUUAGUGAUUUUAUAGAAUGGUUAGAAUUUGAAAGUGACAAUGCAUCUGUUGAAGAUGUUUUAGAAAAGAUAACUCAUAUUAAUGAAGCUAAAAAGAAAUUAGAUUCUAUUAUAAGUCUCGUAAAUACUGAUUUAUCAUAUGAAAGCUUUAAAGAUUUACAUUCUAAAGCAUCAGAUUUAAUGUUAAAAGUUGAAGAACUUACAUUAGAACUUGCAGCUGAAGUUGAACAAAUUAAAGAAAAGUUUAGUAAAGAAGGUUUUGACUAUACUAAAGAAAGUAGUAAAGUUAAAACUCACUCGAUAGGUAAUGGAAAGGAUAAUUUAUUAAAUUUAUCACAAAUUAUACCUGAUUAUAAGACAGUAGUUGAAGAAGUUGCAGAUUUAGUAGCGUCUGAGAAAGCUUAUAAAUCUCAUAAUAAACAAAAGCUCUAUGAAUUCUAUCAAUCAUUAGUUAAUGGAAUUCAUAGUAUCGAACAAGGGAUUGAAAAUAUCUUAUCUCACCAUAAGGAAAGCCAAGAAUUACUCAGUGACAGAUUAGAGAAAUUGGUUUAUAGAAGAGUGCAACAGGAAUACAGAAAGAAAUUGAAAGAACUUGAAAAGGCCGAAGCCGAAGAGAAAGCGGCUGAAGCCAAGCAAGCAGAGUCAGAAGAUCCUGAAAUAGAGAUUGAAGAGGAAGACGAAGAAGAAGAGCAACAGCAACAAGAGCAACAACAAGAGGAAGAAGAAACCGAGUCGCCUGAAGUUGAAGUUGAAGUUGAAGCUGAAAACGAAAAUGACUCUGAAAUCGAACAUGACGAAUUAUGAGUCUACCUUAACAGCAUACAAUAAUAUUUAUAUAUAAAUAUAUACAGCGAAUUAAUACUUAUUCAUACAUUGUAGUACUAUAAAAUACAUCCGGUUG